AUGGCACCAUUACCUUACAUGGAUCAUGUGCAGGCUACAUUGAACCCAUGCAGCGUUGAAACAAUUCCUGAACCCAUAACUCUGGCGGAUAGCUCAAAGGUCUGGCCCUUGGUUGUCUCUUGCUACGAGUUGGACGAAGCUUCCGGUCGUCGGAACGGCAAAGCAGAUAUGUUUACAGUUCCGAUGCCUGAUAUCUCGGAAGAUAAGGAAACGACUCUGCCACUAAAGUUUGGAAGUCCCCAUACUUUCACAGACAAAAUAUCAGGGAUUCUUGAUGGCAAAUGGUCCGAAUUUUAUAGCCCGGGCGACAAUUCCAAAUCAUGGUGUUUCGCGACAGCGCAAUCAUCAGGCGAGAUUCGUUCUUUCCGUUUGCAAAUCCCACGAUCUUUAGAAGGAUAUCCCCCGGUGUCAAAGUCAGAUCCGUUGUACACAAUUGCGGAAGCGGGCGCCAGCGAACCACCUGAAGAUGAUGACGGAGCUCCGCUAUGCUUGUCUUUAAAUUGGGAACCAUCAUCUCAAUGGAAUAGCAAAUCCGGUAUGAAACGAAUAGUGUCCACGUAUUCAAAUGGGACUGUCGCAAUUCAUGAUGUAUCAUUUUCAUCUGGUUCUACGCAUUUCAUUGCCAGGGAAAGUUGGCGAGAAGUUUGGUCAGCGUCUUUCGCGUGUGACGGGGACCAAAAUAUGAUUCUUUCCUGUGGCGAUGAAGGAUCAGUGAAGGUAUGGGAUAUUAGGAGUAAUGUUCGACCCAUGCACGAAUUGAAUUUUUUUGAAUCCGGAGCAACGUGCGCUUCGCAUCAUCCUCGGCACGAGCACUUGGUUGCAUGUGGUUCUUAUGACGAGAGAGUUUGUAUCUAUGAUAUUCGAUAUCUAUCUCAAAAGCCAUUGUUUCGAAGUGAUUCCUUAGGAGGGGGAAUAUGGAGACUUAAAUGGCAUCCAUACUCCGACCAGAAGUUACUUGUUAGCGCAAUGCACGGCGGAUGCCUUGUCCUACGCGUAAGCCAAGAUGUUGGAGUAGAGAGCGGAAUUGUAGACGCGCCGAGUUUUGAAGUGACAAAAACGUUCACUGAGCAUGAGAGUAUGGCGUACGGUGCCGAUUGGCUUGUGAGUGGCAAUCCAGCGCAGAAGACCUACUUUGAAGCUGCAGCUAGUUGUAGUUUUUACGAUCGGAGCAUCUUCCUCUGGGAAACGGUAUAA